AUGCGAUCCAAACCGAGAUCCGUGAAACCAUCGGCGUACCCUGCAAUACCAUUUCAUGCCAUCCGCGCUGUGGGCUUUAUCUCCACCUUAGUCGUCGGUAUCAUUUUAGCCGUCUUCAUCUACAACCUCCAUCAAGGUGGCUUCAAACUUCCUUGGGCAUUCCUGGUUCUCCUAAUAGCCGUUAUCCUUUCCCUUCUAAACUAUGUCCUAACUACUAUAACCCACUGCUGCUAUGGUCUCUCACCGCGCCUAUCACUCCUAUCGAAUACGAUCUGUCUCCUUCUCUGGCUUAUUUCCCUCGGCCUCCUGAGUUGGAGCAUGUCCCAAACGGUCCUGACCACCUGCAACGCCACAUACUGGGCUACUUCUACCGGUAUCACUGUUUGCCGGAUAUACAAAGCAUUGUUCGCCUUCACUAUCCUGGGAAAUAUCUCGUACAUCGCGGCCAUCGCCCUCGAUGUUAUCGUACGCAGACGUCAGACUCGUCUGGGUGAGUACGACCCCAUGGCCAGCAACGCGGCCUUGAACGAUUACAAGAUGCACGAUCGCAGCAGCAGUGCUUUGUCGGGAGGCAUGGGCCCUUAUGGUGGACUCGAUGAACAACAUCCCGCUUUUCGCUCGAAUAAUCACCCGGAUGAAGUCUACAGCGAUAUCCCUGCUCCGGGUAAUUAUUCCGGUCAGACGAUGCCCCCGCCUGUAUAUGGCACCAGUUCCAACCUUGAGCAGAACCAUGGUGGCGAGGCACAGGAUUAUUAUCAACCGACGCCUACUCGUCCCCGUGUCCGAUUCAGCACGUCUGGGCAUGAUGGGUACGGUCACCCAUCGGAACAGACGCACUAUGAUCCUGCGGCUUAUAGAUGA